GACACCCUUCUGGCACUGUGGGUUACCCACCUAGGUAAUUUGGGUACCGCCAUCAGCCCUUUCCAAAUAAAAUCUCAAUAAUAGGUUCUAGAAUUGAUGGUCAGUGUGGAUCAUCACUAUGCUACGGGUGGAUUUAAAUACCCUACUACAUCCACUCCCUUUUUCAGCUGCAAAAUACUUUCCCUAUUAGGUAACUUCGAUGUAUUUGAGGGGUGUUCGCAGCUCUUUCGACACGCAUGGUCUCUGUACCUAUGCACCUCAUUACAUGUCUGCUCUUUUGAUAUGAUUAUUGAUUGGUGCUUCGCAUUCCAUAGAAAAUAUGUCUUUAUAUCAAGGAGAUCUUACAGUAUGGCUGUUUCUAGCGACAUAAAUAUGCCAUAUAAUGCCUUUCAAGCUGUUUUUCUCAUUUCAUUUCUACUCUCAUGUUUAUCCCGUGUAUAUUCUUUAGUUUCUAUCUCGCAAAUAUUUCACCGCUAUUUCAUCUAUUUUUGGUUAAUCAAGAUGGGUGGCCAUUUAUCAAAGAUGUCACGUGGCGAUAAACCGGGGCCAUUGAUCACUUCUCUCCACGCCGCUGACAAAUCCGAAAUUAGCCCGCUACAAUCCGGCAAGGAUGAUGAUUUCGUCAUUGUGGGCCGUGAAAAGACCCGGACUUCGUUAGAAAACACCGUGGUCUUAGUUGACCUCGAGCCGCCUCCGUGUGGACCCGCAGUUCCCGAGGGUUUCUUGCCAUAUGGGAACCAACUAGAGCUAGUCGCAACGGAAGAGAUCCAACCAGGAUUGGCUGCUCACGCUGUGGCCUAUAUUGAGACCUGGAGUGGUCGCGUACGCUGCUCAUAUGGCACGGGAGCCGUCAUUCAUGGGAAUAUUGUUGUUACCGUCGGCCAUGUUCUAAUGUCUAGCUCUGGUCCUGUUACCGCUGUACGUGUAACCGUCGGAAGAGGCCCUACAAGCGAAUCUCGCCAUGGAACACGUGUCGCCUUUAACCUCAAUUGGUGCACCACGGGGGCAAUAGCCAACGACGUCGCCCUCAUCGAACUCAAUUUACCAUUCGACAACGUCCGACCACUCAACUAUGGGCAAAGUCCAGUAACGGACGAGAAUGGUGUUGAUUCCAUUGCCUACGGGUUUCCAAACACCGGUACAUCCGUACCAUGUGGGCAGCUGUACAAAAGCACGGCUCCGCUGAAGUACAACCCCGCCUUAAAUAUAUUUGAACACUGGGGCGAUACCGACUCAGGAAGCUCGGGCGGACCGCUUAUUGAUAACUCAGAGAAAGUCAUAGCCCUACACUGGGGAUACCACAAGCAAAGAUCAGUCAAUCUAGCCGUUGCGAUUGAUUGCAAUGGUAACAAUUUUGCUGACCUUUUCCGGGCUCUCGACGUGCCUGUUCCAAACUCUGCAUCGCACAAUUGAUAAUAGGCCGCGGUGUGGAGUGGAGCGUACUCAGGUAUACGGCGUUGAUACCACGACCUCUUCUCACCGACAUGGUCAGGAGAUUAGAAGUUAGUGGAUAGUGAAAAGCGCGGCGUUGAAUGGUUUUAUGAUGGGUCAAUUUUAAGCUUUAUACGGACAGGGAAUCAUACUAUUGGAUAUACUAUGAGAUCAAUAUAAAAAUUAUAAGAAAUUUAGAUACCAUUCUCUUUUUAAAGCUAGUAAU